ACGAGUUUCUAAAUAUAAUUUAAGAAAUAAUAUUUUCGAACUAUGGACUUUUUCUUCAGGGUUUUUAACCGAAAUUUACAAAUAUUUAUAUUGCUUGCAAUUCUGUUUUGCAAUGGAAAUGCAGAAAAUAAUGGAAAUGAACGGGGAAUUGCACGAAGGAUGAUUGGUGGUAAGGAAGUUGAAAUUCAGGAUUAUCCAUUCAUGAUGGCAUUAUAUUUUAAAGGAGAUUCAAUACAAGAUUAUGGCUAUUUUGGUGGAACUUUCACAUUGAUAACAUCGAAAACUGCAUUAGGAUGUGCUCACAUACUAUUUAAAAAGAAACCUGAACAGUUUUAUGGGAUAAUUGGUCACAAAGAUAAAUUCCUUGGGAAAAAAGUCCAUUUUAAAAAGUUAAUUGCACAUCCGCAUUUUGUUGGUACAACAUUUCUUUUCGACAUAGGACUUUUAAUACUAAACAGCGCCGUUUCUUUAUCGAGCAGUCCUCUUGUUCCCCCAUAUGUACAAACAAUCGCUCUACCACGUACGAAUAUAGAAUUUUAUUCGGGAACGGCAGUAACGGCUGGAUGGGGGAAUACCGGAAAAAAGUGGAACGACACAACACGGUACUUAAGAACGGCUUCAGUUCGUAUAGUUAACGCUAGCGAUACAAUUUAUAAAGGCAAUCCGCUUUAUUUGACUGAAUCAACAAUUCUUACACAGAAAGAUGGUGUUUCCACGAUGCCAGGUGAUUCUGGUGGUGCCCUUAUAUACCAGGAAAGUGAUGGAAGACGAGUUCAAAUUGGAAUAUUAAGUACAAGUCAGGGGAUACCCGGCGGGAUAAACGUUUUUGUUUCGACGAGUUUUUUUCUUGACUUUAUAAAAGAGAAUUGCGAAGGAAAAAUAACAUUUGUAUAA